GCAGGAGUCGCCGCGUGGGAAGCGCGGCCCAAAACCUCCCCCAAGGGCGAAAGAAUUGCAGACCGAGGCGGAGGAGAGUGAGGAGGAGCGGCCCCACGCGCCAGCCACAGCCAGCCAGCCAGCCGCGAGACGACGGCAUCCAUGGCCGCCGGCGACGGCGCCGACCCGAUGGAGCUCGUGCGGGGGCAGUACGACGCCGACGAGCUCGCCAUCGCCGGGGAGUUCCUCACCACCUGGCUCCCCUUCCUCUCCGCGGGCCUCUGCCCCUCCUGCGUCGGCUCGCUCCGCGGCCGCGUCGCCUCCCUCCUCCCCCCGCCGCCGCCGCCCCCGCCGCGAGCGGAGGAGCCGGCGCCGCCGCCGCCGGUCGAGAGGGUCGUCGCCACGGGGUGGGACUCGGAUCCGGCCGCCCCGCGGCAUCUCCCGUUCGAGCCCAGCGGGUGGGACUCGGAUCCGCCGCCCCCGCCCCCGCAGCGGCAGCAGGCGGAGGCGGAGAAGCCCCGGAUGUCGUGGGCGGACAUGGCGCAGGAGGACGAGCUCGCCGCCGCCGCGGCGGAGGAGGACGCGGCCGCGGCGGCCGCCGACGACGACGGGGAGGAGGGGGAGGAGGAGGAGGCCGGCGGGGCGGGGAGGCCGAGGGCGAGGCUGACGAGGGAGCAGCGGGAGCUGCAUCGGUUCCGGAACGUGCUGCGGAAGGACGACUUCAUAUGCCUCGAGAGGGUCAAGGGCCAGCUCGUCAACAUCCUCGCCGGCCUGGAGCUCCACGCCGGCGUGUUCAGCACCGCCGAGCAGAAGCGCAUCGUCGACUGCGUCUACGGCCUGCAGGAGAUGGGAAAGCGCGGGGAGCUUGGAGAUCGUACAUAUACAGAACCUGAGAAAUGGAUGCGUGGUAAAGGGCGGGUAACAAUUCAAUUUGGAUGCUGUUAUAACUAUGCUACGGACAGGAAAGGAAAUCCACCAGGCAUCAUUCGAACUUUUGUUUCUGAUCCGAUCCCUGAACUAUUUAAGGUCAUGAUCAAGAGAUUGGUAAGGUGGCGUAUUCUGCCAACGGAUUGUGUGCCAGACAGUUGCAUUGUCAACAUGUAUGACCCUGGAGAUUGCAUUCCACCACAUAUAGACAGCCAUGAUUUUGUUCGACCAUUUUGUACUGUUUCAUUCCUCAGUGAAUGCGACAUACUUUUUGGGUCUAGUCUGAAAAUCGCUGGUCCUGGAGAAUUUACGGGCUCAUUUGCAAUUCCUCUGCCUGUUGGGUCUGUGCUCGUCAUAAAUGGCAAUGGUGCUGAUGUUGCAAAGCAUUGUGUUCCAGCGGUACCAUCCAAAAGGAUAUCCAUUACCUUCAGAAAAAUGGAUCCUGCAAAGCGUCCGUUCAGUUUCAAGGAUGACCCUGAACUGCUGAACAUCACUCCUCUCGAAGCACCAGCUGCACCCGAAACUAGCAGAUCCUCGGAUGAAGGCAAGGGGAAGCAGCUUGGCGUACAAACUCGGGAUCCAGGCAGCAGAUCAUCCAGAAGCAGGAAAUCCAAAGGAAGAACGACACCUGCUGGAAAGGUUGGAUGGGGGGGCAUUCUUGGAGACCAACCUCCACAGCACCCACAGAGCCCUAUCUCCAGUGUGAGCUCUGACAGAGAGAGGGACUCCAUUGGG